GAGUUUUAGUUUCUGUACGGCAACUAGUGCUGCCAGACCAGUAGAGUUGUACAGAAAUUAGAGGAUGGAGUGCGCGUAUCACCUGCCGUUUGUUGUUAGUUGUCAACAUGUAGUGCCAAACUGAGAGCUAUUAAGGGGAAGGUCAUGAAGAUGAAAUGUACUUAUAGACUCCUGGUACUCCUGGGGGCUGCUUCUUGCCUCCUAGUAUUACUGGGAAUCACAGGGGACGUCUCAAGAAUUCUGGACUUCGGAAGAUGCAGUUCGGUAUCGUCCCCAAAUUCUCCAGUUUCUCUUUCUCUCCUCUCUGGGUCUACCUAUAAUGGCACUCCUGCCAACCCCACGUUCAGUUCUGCAGCCACCAAGGAUGCCCAGGAUCGCGUGUCUCGCUGGAAGGCAGCGGCUGUGGAUCAUGGGAAUAAAGGAGGGAAGAUUACAAGGAUGGUGCUCGCUGUGGUGUGCUGUGGUGAUCGACUUAAUGAAACACGCACAAUGUUGAAGUCUGCUGCAGCUCUCUCUCACUCCCCACUGACUAUGAUUGUGUUUACUGAGGAAACUUUGAAAUCAGCAUUCACAGAGAUGCACUCUUCUUGGCCCACUGAUGUUCGUUUCCGCAUCACCUUGGACUUGCACAGUAUUACCUUCCCCCCUGGCCAGGAUGCUGCCACCUGGAGAAAACUUUUUAAACCUUGUGCUUCACAGAGACUCUUUAUGCCGUCCCUACUGCAUGAGGUGGAUGCCCUAAUCUAUGUGGACACAGACACCCUAUUCCUGGCCCCCUUGGAGCAUCUAUGGGACCACUUCUCAGCCAUGAAUGCUUCCCACAUGGCAGCGAUGGCCCCAGAACAUGAAGACCUGGCCACUGGAUGGUACAAUCGCUUUGCCAAACACCCUUACUAUGGACGCCUUGGAGUUAACUCUGGAGUCAUGCUGAUGAACCUGACUCGCCUCCGUCGCUUUGGGUGGGAGGAGUAUGUGGUGCCCAUCUACAAGUUCUACCGACUGGCUAUCACUUGGGGUGACCAGGACAUUAUCAAUAUUAUAUUCCACUUCCAUCCAGAUAAGCUGUAUGUUUAUGGCUGUGAAUACAACCUCCGUCCAGACCACUGUAUGUACAUGAGUGUGUGUAAAACUGCCGAGACACGAGGUAUCUUUGUUCUUCAUGGCAGCAGGGGAACCUUCCACACCAACAAGCAGCCUGCCUUCAGGGCUGUAUACCAGGCUUGGGAUGAGUAUCAGCUGGGCCAGGACUUGCGUCAAGACCUCUACUACCCAAUGCAGCGCUUCCUGCUCAAGGCUUCCAACACCACCUGUGGCAAGAUACGCAAUGCAUUCCUCAAAGCUCUUAGCUCUAUUGUCAGGCUCAGAUGACCUCUACCACCCUAUGGUGUGUGUGUGUGUGUGUGUGUGUGUGUGUGUGUGUGUGUGUGUGUGUGUGUGUGUGU